GGCCAGGACUACUAUGGGUGGCAGACCCAGCCGCUGCACGGGCGCUCGUACUCCAAGCCGCCGCAGUGCCUCGACAUCCCCGCCGACCUGCCGCUCUGCCACACGGUGGGCUACAAGCGCAUGCGGCUGCCCAACCUGCUGGAGCACGAGAGCCUGGCCGAGGUGAAGCAGCAGGCGAGCAGCUGGCUGCCGCUGCUGGCCAAGCGCUGCCACUCGGACACGCAGGUCUUCCUCUGCUCGCUCUUCGCGCCCGUCUGCCUCGACCAGCCCAUCUACCCGUGCCGCUCGCUGUGCGAGGCCGUGCGCGCCGGCUGCGCGCCGCUCAUGGAGGCCUACGGCUUCCCCUGGCCCGAGAUGCUGCACUGCCACAAGUUCCCCCUGGACAACGACCUCUGCAUCGCUGUGCAGUUCGGGCACCUGCCCGCCACUGCGCCUCCAGUGACCAAGAUCUGCGCCCAGUGUGAGAUGGAGCACAGCGCUGACGGCCUCAUGGAGCAGAUGUGCUCCAGUGACUUCGUGGUCAAAAUGCGCAUCAAGGAGAUCAAGAUAGAGAAUGGAGACCGGAAACUGAUUGGAGCCCAGAAAAAGAAGAAGCUGCUCAAGCCAGGCCCCCUGAAGCGCAAGGACACCAAGAGGCUGGUGCUGCACAUGAAGAACGGUGCAGGCUGCCCCUGCCCACAGCUGAACAGCCUGGCCGGCAGCUUUCUGGUCAUGGGCCGCAAAGUGGACGGACAGCUGCUGCUCAUGGCCGUCUACCGCUGGGACAAGAAGAAUAAGGAGAUGAAGUUCGCCGUCAAAUUCAUGUUCUCCUACCCCUGCUCCCUCUACUACCCCUUCUUCUACGGGGCCGCUGAGCCCCACUGAAGGGUACCCCUCCCUGUCCCACCAGCCAGCCGUGCCUUGACCUCUGUUCCCAUCCUUGGGGCACACUGUCACCUCCUGCCCCCCUGGCCUUGCCCCCAGUCCCAGGCUGACCUGGCCCCUGUGGGAAAGUGGUUACCAGCACAAGCCCUAAGGGAUGAGCAUGGAGCCUGGGCUGCCUUCGACCAAGGGUUUCUGGGGUGGCUGGGGGCUUUCUUAGAAGCAAAGCUUUCUCAUUUGGGGGGAAACCUCCAGGGCCUCAGAAAGUAGGCAGCAGCAGGAGAGGGCAAAGGAAGGAUAGAGGGGCUCUGAACAGCCCAGGGAGCUUCUGGAGUGAGCUGUGGUGCCAGCUCCCCUCUGCGGGUGGCAAUGCCUCACCUUGGAGAUGGAAGUCUUGAUAUAUUAGGCUUAGCUAGUUGGGGGACAGUUCUCUGUCCCCACUGCCCCUUCAUGUGUCCUCUCAUAGCCCCUAAAGGGUCUCAGUACCCUCCAGCCACACCUCCUGGCUAUCCCUCUGCCCAGUUCCCCUCCCCCUAGACUGGACAGCAGCCCAGCCCAGACCCCCUCUUAUAGGCUCACUUCUCGGGGUUCAUUUCUCAGCCCCCUGCAUGUCCUUUUACCCUGAUGACGAGUAAAUUAUUGCUACUACUGCGAGGCCAUAGGUACUAGAUGGAUGCAGGUAGGGGUUGUUUUUUUUAAUUUUUUUUUUUUAAGUUUUUAAUUAAAUCAAAGUAAAUAA